UGCAACCACAUCAUGAUUGUGCAGGUUAAAUUGAGGACCGAUUUGGCACAUGGAUUGACUGUGUACGAAAUAUGGUGUGGGUUGCGGCAUUUGGAGUGCUGUCUUCGGGGUUAGCUGUGCUAAGCAGCUUUGGACUGUUGCUGUUCUGUGGGGUCCCAUUUGUUGUGACUGUAGCAAAUGCACCAUUUCUUAUACUGGGGGUUGGUGUUGAUGACAUGUUUAUUAUGGUCUCCUGCUGGCAACUGACAAAUACUAAAAACAAAGUUGAAAAGAGAAUGGCUGAAACGUAUGCAGAGGCAGCAGUGUCUAUCACAAUCACCACGCUCACUGAUGUUUUAGCCUUCUACAUAGGGAUCAUGACUUCCUUUCAGUCUGUGAAGUCCUUUUGUCUCUACACAGGAACUGCUUUCAUUUUCUGCUAUGUAUACAACAUCACAUUCUUAGGAGCUGUUCUUGCUUUAAAUGGGAAAAGGGAAGAAGGCAACAGACACUGGCUAAUUUGCACAAAAGUGAAGGACACUGUUCAGCCUAAUCGCUCUCGCUUGUAUAACGUGUGCUGUGUAGGAGGCUUUUCUGAUAAAUCUUCUGGGACAGGUGGCGAACAUCCAGUGAACAAAUUCUUUAGAAAAUAUUAUGGUCCUUUCCUUACAAAGACCUGGACCAAAAUGUUUGUGGUUUUGCUGUAUGGAGCGUUCCUGGCAAGUAGUAUUUAUGGAUGUACUAAAAUGAAAGAAGGUAUAGACCUGCGCAAUCUGGCUAGUGAUGAUUCUUAUGUCAUUCAGUACUAUGACUGGGAAAAUAAAUAUUUCUCAGAGUACGGGCCCAGGGUUAUGGUCAUCAUCACAAAAAAGGUACUUUAUUGGAAUGCAUCCGUUCGUAAUGACAUUGAGAAUUGUAUGCAGUCUUUAGAAAAUAACUCCUAUGUGGACAAGAGUCUCUCAGAGUCAUGGCUAAGAGCGUAUGAAAAUGCUGCUAGAAAUAAUUCCCUGAAUAUAGAUAGUAAGGCUUUUUUCAUGGGUAAUUUAUCUCGACUAUUUACAUUAUUUCCAGAGUUUGAAUGGGACAUUGAUAUUAGCUAUCGGGAAAUAGCAGCCUCACGCUUCUUCAUUCAAACAGUCAAUGUUACUACUGCAGUUGAUGAGAAAAACCUUUUAAACCAAUUAAGAGACAUAGCCAAAAACUGUGAGAUGCCAUUAAUGGUAUAUCACCCAGCAUUUAUAUACUAUGAUCAGUAUAUUGUAAUAGUGCCAAACACCAUUCAGAAUAUUGGAAUUGCUGCUGGAGUUAUGUUGUGUGUUUCCUUGCUGCUUAUUCCCAAUCCGCUGUGCUCCUUGUGGGUAACUUUUGCUAUUGCUUCUGUUAUUGUUGGUGUUGCUGGUUUCAUGGCAUAUUGGGAUGUUAAUCUUGAUUCCAUAUCUAUGAUCAACCUUGUCAUUUGCAUAGGGUUUUCAGUAGAUUUUUCUGCUCAUAUAUCCAAUGCAUUUGUUUCAAGUGAAAAGUCAACUGCGAAUGAGAAGGCAGUUGAUGCACUGCAUCUUCUUGGUUACCCUGUGAUACAAGGUGCUAUCUCCACUGUAUUAGGAGUACUUGCACUAGCUGCAUCAAAAGCUUACAUCUUCAGAACAUUUUUUAAGAUUAUGUUUCUCGUUAUCUUCUUUGGAGCUCUUCAUGGUCUUGUUUUUAUUCCAGUAUUUUUAACAUUUGUUGACAUUUGUAGCAGAUCAAACAAAAGAGUAAAUUAAAAAAAUAACAGGAGAAAUUAGGAACUCCUUUAGUAACACACAGAAUGUUGGGUGUUAUGAAAACCAGACUUGUAGUGAAGGAGCCAAUGAUAUUAGACUACGUAAUGAUAUUGGAAUGGAAAAACCAAACAGUGACUACCUCUACUCCAAUUUCAGUCCAGGUUCUCAAAAUCGUGACAUCAGUUCCUGAAUAUUUCAGAAUAAUACCGUGAUAGUUUACCCCUCCCCCCCCAAAAAAAUGGAACAGCUACAUGAGGAAGGUAAAAUAAAUCCAGAUUGUCCAUAAAUGUACAUAAAAUUUAAAAUACAGCAUAUCAACCAAAAAGACCAUGUUGAACAUUUCACAACAUUAAUCUACAGAUUUAUAUUAGCAUUGUAGAAAAUGUCAAUUUUGUACUUUUAAGGUUUAACACCUAGGCUUUAUCUACACCACAAAGAAAAGUCUGAAAAAGAUACGCAAAUCGCAAACCACAAUUUGCAUAUUUUUCCCUUUUCUUCCAAAAGAGGCUACUCUGACAUUUGGCCUGUCUACACAGGGCCAAAUGUUGGGAAAAAUCCCUCUUUCAGGAUGUAGAGCUAAAGUUGUAGGCUAAGUGAUGUUCUGUGUUAGGUUGAAAGAGGCUGGGGAGAGGUCAUCACUGGUCCCUGUGACAGUUGAGUCCACUCACAAGGGAAUGCUCUUUUUGAGACCAUGCUGUGCAGCACAUUAUGGGGAACCUGCUCCAUAAAAGAUAGGUUGGGGCUUCCAUUAUAAUAUUAUUGUAAUAAUAAUCUGACUGGGCCUGAACUUUGCACAAGAACUUGUCAAAGUGAUAACUAGGAAUCUUUAGAUCAGGCUACAACACAUGGGUAUUUGGGUGGAUGUCUCCUGAAAGACCAUGACCCUUGAGAGAGGAUGUGUUGUUUCUGUGAAUUUGGGAGGCUAUGGAUGAAUACUAACAAUGCAUUAAUAUUAGAGGGCAAACACAAACUAUUAACCAUACUGUGGAGACCUGUCUGUCCUGGCAGUAUACCUAGUAGCAGAGGGCACACUAUAUUAUAACUCAUAUCGGGCCAGACACACUCACUACUCCCAGUACACCAUAGCCAUAAUAUAUAUCUAAACGGUAUCUUAUGUGGUGUUCUAUCUAAAAUUGUAGUGUGUAGGUCAGGCAUAUCAUUGUGUGAUAAAUGUGUGGGUUGUAUAUCAACAGUUAUAUUCUUCUGCUGGGGUUAAGUCCUUAAAAUAUAUUUUGGAGGCAGUUGAAAAAUCAAGCCCGCCUUUGGUAAAGGAAAGCAUAGAAGCUAGCAAGCUGUGGGAGAAACGUGUCACUACACAGGUAUGAGUCUGCUCUCUGAAAGAGUAUUCCUGACUAUUGAGACACAGACCAUGGACUCUGGAAAAUAUAAAGCGAGCAAAAAGACAUUCUAGCUAUCCAACCCAGGGAACAAAGGAGAGAGCACCCUCUAAUUCUGUGAAUGUUGAAUCCUCUGACUUGGGGGGCUAUAUAUGCAGAUUAUAAUUUGCUAAAUUAAAUUUUAGAGCGUAGGUGGUGUGUUUUGUUUAACCAGACCUGUCUUUUUUCUCUUGUUCAGUAGAACUUACAUCUAUGGGUUUUAUUAAACUUUUUCUUUGACUAUAAA